ACGCAGACUUUAGCUCGUUGCAUUGUGAAGUAUGGUUCUUUUAGCAGUUUUAUUUGCUGUCGUCCUUGGACUACACGGAGUCCUCGCUAAGGACGACUGUGUUCGCAGUAUACGUGACUAUGACGAACAAGACUAUCAAGUGCUAGCAGCGGACCCCUGGAAAAUUGUCUGGAUUCUACACUUAUAUACUGCCAUGUGGAGGCAUUGUCACUUCUGUCGAGGCUCGCGGGCUUUGUCGCAGACCCGACAAUGUUGAAAUGCAAUUGAUAACGG